AUGGACGAUGAAGACUACUCGGACCUCACCGACAUUGAGAGCGACGACGAUCAAUUCAAGAAAAAGUCGAAGAACUCUGGACCCAAGGAGAGAGGUGGCUACCGGAUCAAGAAGGCCCUCAAGGUUCCCAGAGCGACAACCUACACAGCUCAGGCUUUAUACGGUACGAUACAUAACUGUGAUAUCAACCUCGAACCCGAAUAUCAGCGAGACGUUGUGUGGCCCGAGUCAAAGCAAAUCGGCAUUAUAGACUCCAUAUUCCGCAAUUUCUACAUCCCCCCUGUUAUUUUUGCGGCCAAUUCUUUUGAAGAUGGGUCGGAGACAAAGACGUGCAUCGAUGGCAAGCAGAGGUUGACGUCGAUCCAUAGGUUUAUGGAUGGCUUAAUACCCCCGUGUAAUAGACAAGGACCCGCAUCUAGUAUCUCAGGUGAAAAGUGGUGGUUCAAGGAUGUACCGGGUCUGAAGACCACCACUAAAACUCGCAGGAUUCUCCCCGAAAAGCUCCGAAAGCUCUUUGUGAACAAGCAGAUUGUGUGUGUUGAGUAUCAGGACAUCACCGAUGCUGACGAGCGUGAAAUCUUCCAGAGAGUGCAAUUGGGAAUGGCGCUUACCCCAGCGGAGAAGCUCCAAGUCAUUAACACCCCGCGUGCCGCCUUCAUCCGCGAGCUCCAAACUCUCCAUCUUAAGGAAGAGGGCGGCCUGUCGGGUGAAGGACUCGAAUGGGACCGUAGUCGCGGUAGUGACUUCCGCGGCAUAGCCCAGGCCGUCUGGUGCAUGGACAAACUCCCCUCACUCAAGUCUGUCGGCAGCCACUCCCAGCUUGAAAAGUGGCUCAGCGCCAGUGACGCGAUGAACCCCACUUUCCGAACCAAAGUCCAGGAUACGUUCCGCAUAUUCUCUGAUCUUGUUCAAGAUCCGAAGCUGAACAAGGUGUUCAAGAAGCCCGCGAAGGUGUCUCCUGUGGAGUUCGUCUUCAUCAGCACGUUGAUCUGCGCGCACAAGGACAAGUUUUCGAUGCCACAGCUGUCUGCUGCGAUUGGACAAAUGCGGGACGACGUCAGGCAGAAGCACGUCGAUAUUCGAAUGAACACCCGCGUGUCCAGGUGUCUGAUGGACUUCAUUGGCGACCUCGCACCAGCUAAAGUCGCGGGUGAUCUGGGGAUACCUGCUGGGUUUCAAGCUGGGGGUGAGAAAAGGAAGAGGAAGGCAGUAGACGAUCGGGAGGAGGAGUUAGAGGACGGCGAAGAUGAUGAGGAGUAUCAGCCCAAGACGAAGAAGAAAGCAGGUGCGAGUUCUUCAAAGCCUGAUGCACCAAAGUCGACACCUCGGACCGCGUCAAAGCCAUCUUCUGCACCAGCUCCUUCACCAUCGAACGCGCCAACCUCGCGCCUUGCUGUCCUGCGUGCAACUAAAGAGUCAUUAGCUAUGAGCCGCGCCGCACCGUCCCCUUCAAAGCCCCCAACAAUCCCCCAAAAAUCAUCUACUUUACCCGCACCACCUUCGAGCAUGGGUACCGAACAGCCCGUCCCGCCUAUGCUCCCUUCCCCAGGACAUCAAUUCACGUUCCCCUCCAGCUCCUUCAGCCACCAGCAGCAGCAGCAGCACAGCAUACAACAAGCUGCACUGCAGCAGCCUAGCCUGCCGUCGCCUACUAUAGCUGGUCCUUCGUUGGAGGCCUCGUUGAUGGCUGCGAUGAGGCAGCCCGAGGCACGGCGGCAGGACCACGCGCCUCCUCCGAGGAGUGCCUCUGCUUCGGGAUAUGGUGAUCGUGCAGGGAGACCGUAUGAUGAUCGGCCUGGGUCUGGGUCGGGAAGGUAUGAUGGGAGGUAUGAGAAUGAUAGAGGGCCAGGUUGGACGGGGGGUGGUGAGUAUUCGAGUAAGAGGGCGACAGAUAACGGGUGGCCUGCGAGGCGUUGAGGCUUUGAGUGACAUUGCGCCGAGGCACAAGAUUCAAGAGUCAAUUCAAGUUAAGUGCACCUUCGUUAUCAUGAUUCUUUGGCUUUUUUCAUGCAUGUAUGGUUCGUUUUCCCUUCCCUUCUACGUUCUUGGUUCGAAAUUGUUAUUGGCGUACUGUCCGUUGGGUUCUACCCGAGUAAUAGUAUGUUUGUACAAAUGAGUACAUACAUAUUUUGAAAUGACUUUGUCACUGG